GUUCUUGAGAUUUAUCUCAAGCUUUGGAGUAGGUUAGGUAUAUAAAGUGGGUCUGUGGCUAUCCAAGUCAUCAACCAGGGCAGGAAAACCAUGAAGGCUCUCAUUCUUUUAGGCCUGUUUGCUGUGGCAUAUGCCGCUCCUCUUGAUGAGGAUGAUAAAAUUGUCGGUGGAUUCGAGUGUACUAAGAAUGGUGUUCCAUACCAGGUUUCUCUGAAUAGCGGAUACCACUUUUGUGGUGCCUCUCUGAUCAACAACCUCUGGGUCGUGUCUGCUGCUCACUGUUACAAGUCCCGUGUCCAGGUUCGUCUUGGUGAGCAUAAUAUUGAUGUUACCGAGGGCACUGAGCAGUUCAUCGACUCUGCCAAAGUCAUCAGGCACCCUAGUUACAACAGCAACAAUCUGGACAAUGACAUCAUGCUGAUCAAACUGAGUCGAGCUGCUACUCUGAACAGUUAUGUUCAGUCUAUUGCUUUGCCUUCAAGUUGUGCUGCAUCUGGUACUGAAUGCCUGAUCUCUGGAUGGGGUAACAUGAGCGCGAGUGGAAGCAACUACCCCAGUCGUCUGAUGUGCCUGCGGGCUCCUAUCCUGAGUGACACCACCUGCAGAAAUGCCUACCCAGGUCAGAUCACCUCCAACAUGUUCUGUGCCGGCUACAUGGAGGGAGGCAUGGACUCCUGCCAGGGUGACUCUGGUGGUCCAGUGGCAUGCAACAAUGUGCUCCAGGGUAUUGUUUCCUGGGGCUAUGGCUGUGCCCAGAGGAACAAACCUGGAGUCUAUACCAAGGUUUGCAACUAUACCACUUGGAUCAGAAACACCAUUAACUCCAAUUAAUCAAAUCCAAUUAAUCAUCAAAGAUGUUACCAAAACCAUACCAUUCUAGUAUUGGUCCAUACUGCCACACAGUCAAUAUCACAUGACUAGCCAAAUAAAUGUUUGAGUUAAAACUACAAA